CCAUACCCAUUGUGCCAUGGGUGGGUAUUGGACAUAUUCAUUGCAGGACUCUAAUCGACAGUACUUUAGAGGUGGUUCCAUUAGUGUACUCUAUAAUACCAAACUGGAGAGUUCGUCUAAUAUUGAGUGUGCAGUAUAUUUUUCGGGAGCGAAAUUUGGGCGUGGGCCCAUGCAUUGUUCACCGCUGCAUCUGUCCCACAAACCCUCGAAUGGUCCCCCGCCUGCUGUGACAUGUUCGGAGAACGUGGCAAGACUUCCGUUCUUCAGCUGCGUCACCUUAAACUCGGCCACAGUGUUGGGUUCUCUGCCAGGUUCAAUGGGUCGAAUGAACCACUACAGCAGAUGGAGUACGUGAUCUCUCCCUGUGUACCACGCGUCCCUCUGUAUCGCCUCGAUGGCACCCAUGGGCACGGUUCGGCAGGCCCAGAUUGCCCAAAUGCUCUGUGCGUGCACGAGGUAGUCCAAAACUUAACUUGCUGAAAGUCUAUGAUCUGGCCUUGAACCACACUGCUCUCUGGAUUUACCACCAUUCCUGGCCAGCAGCUCGGGGAAACUACAUCCAAGAGCUCGCAUUGUCGCCUGUCGAGCAGGGAUCAUGUCCGACUCCCUGUUUUUGGAGGAGGUCUCGGGGUGAGCUGAACGCCCAGCGGUGUCUCAUUGGUCUUCACUGGGACACUCACCGGUCAGCUAUGAUGGAGGUGGCUAGGAGAGUGGCCCCUAGUGCUCUGGUCGAUCUUCACCAUACCUGCAAAUAAUAACAGACAUCUGUUGAGCUCACUGACAUGCAAGCACGAAGCUGGGCUAAUUCCAUAAAACUCUUUCACAUUCUUCACCAUCCCCAGGGAACGUGAUGUAUACCAUAGACAGCAUCUCGAAAUGCAACGUGAAAGGGCAGAACUGAACAGAUGCUAGAGGAGCUCCUGUGGCUGUUCUAGGGCAUGGCCAAUCGGGGAUCUCCGCCAUUCGCCUUCUUGGCGAGCUCUUUCUGGUAGCACCAAGAGCCUGCCCAGCCGCGCUGUAACGGCAGCCAUUCUCGAUUGCCUCAGAACUACUAAGGUGAAAUUGCAGCUUUUCGGAAAGGAGGAUUGGAAUAUAGUGUAACCUCGUGCAUGAAUGUCCGAGUAUAUAGGUUGGGACACUGCUGAUGUGGUUGGACUUUAGAGAUCUCAUGCCAGAAGCAGAGCAGUUUCAACAGCCCACAUGGUGCUCUCUGUAUGCCACAGAAUGUUGACAGAAAUCUAUUGAGCCUACUGAGCUACCCCACUGAGCUCUAGUGAGGAUGGGACUGCUACCCAUCCAAAUCCUCCGGAUUCUGCUACUAGACCAGACAAGGGAGGAUACCGUUAUUACUUUCCUUAGAAGGUCGUGUACGGAGAAUCUUGACUUUCGAUCUAUAUUAGCUAGAUAUUGAUGAAUGAGAAUCACGGGGACGGAAUAAGCAAAAAAUAUCUGCAGAUGACUCUGUAAAUUCUAUUUUGCCAAUAUAAUGUGACCUUUACUGGAGUUGAAAUAUUCUAUCUCUAUUUGCUAAUUUG